ACUCUGCGGAGACCACCACAAAUCACUGAGAAUCUAUGGAAUAGUUGUCUUGUGAGCAUUGAUGGCCAAUAUCUUUGCCACUUCCAAACGGCUACGAGAGGGCAAUGCUGGUGUCCAAUCGAUGAAGAAGAGAAAAGUCUAGAGACUGAGAAAGGGACUAUGAGCAGAAAAAAUGUGUGUGUCGAUCUCAAGGCCGUGGUAGUCAGUAACAUUGCGCCGCCAUCGCUAAAAAGAACACCUCCGCUUUCAGGCCAGUUGGUCCGCUUGGUUGCGCACAGUGAGACAGGAGCAAUCGUCGCAGCGUCGAAGCCUCGGGUUGAAAAGCAAUCCGACCAUCGAAGGAAUUUGUUCCAACACCGGCAUCCUCAUGGCGUAGGACCAGUGGGAUGCAGGGGGAUGUUCGAGAAUAUUGAAGACUUCAGUAUGAGUUUAUGGCGUCAGCUUUGAGGUUGUAACGGUUAUGGAGGGAUUAAAGUGCAUCAUUCGUGAGAGAAGGUGUUGAUUUUGGAAGUUGUAGUUGUAGGAAGGAAACCGGCAUAGAUAGCCCUUGCGGAGUGUCGAGGGCAGGUUUUUUGUCACUAUUAUUUGGUGCGUUUUCUAAUGCCGAGUCCCCCUACGAAUUGACACAGAAGUAGUGGUGUCCGAGUACAGGAAUACGACCUAAAUAGAAAAAGCAGCGCAGUGCAUCAUACUUAGCGUUGAAAAGUUUUGCGUAUUCUUAUCGAGAAAUCGUUGCGCGAAAAGAUUGCAGGAUAGGCUGGCCUCAUAGAAUUUGCAAUUGAGAGGUCAACAGCAAUCCAAAACGCAGAUGGAGCGAUUGGCGAACUGUCAAUCGAUUGCUAGUCCCUACAUUACUUGUAGCAAAUCAUUGGGUGCGGUCCAGUCAUUCAAUGGGCGAGCCUCAAUGUCGCCGAUGUCGCUUGCAACUUGCGCUUAUGUUUGUUCCACGGGGAGCCCUCCGUUAGUGUUGAGUGGCCUUGGGAGGGCCAACAUGGGUCGUGGACCCGGUUUUCCAAGCUUCAUGCGUAUGGCCCGAAGUCGACAUUUGCAAAGAAGAGUCCAGAGCCUAGUUAGCGUUAGAGGAAGCAGCUUUCAGGGGGAAGGCGAUGACAACAGUGGCUCUAAACACGAAUCUCCCGAAUCGUCUGUAUUCAGACACAGCCCUUCUCACGGAAAUAAUUUGGCUGCCUGGAAUAAAUGGCAUACUGUACUACCAGAGAAUGAAGGAGAGAAUCAUCCAAUUCCUGCUUCUAAUUUGUUUCAAGUAAUCAAGUGUUCUAAGGACAGAAAGUUCAAAAUUGACUACCUGAGGGAGAGCACGAAGGGGGACAUGAAAGUAAGACCUGAAGCUUUUGAGUUCGGCGAAUCGAGUUUGAAAGAAGUUGCUGCAUCAUUGGAUGGGUCUAUAGAAGAAGUUGCAAAAGCAGAGGCUAUGGAAGCGGAGUCAUUGCUUGAUUCUCUACAUAUUCCGAGACGUUUUCCUCAUGGUGUUGCUUCUAGAGGCAUAUUUUGCAGCCGCACUUUAAGCUUACGGUCGAUUACUACUAUCGGUUACGACAUGGACUACACUCUUAUUCACUAUAAUGUCAAUGCUUGGGAAGGAAGGGCUUAUGAGUAUGGAAUGAGCAACCUUCGUUCUAUGGAUUACCCGGUAGACGGCCUCAAGUUUGACCCAGAGCUGGUUGUUCGAGGAUUAGUGCUAGAUAAAAAGAUGGGUAAUCUAGUCAAGGCUGAUCGUUUUGGUUACAUAAAGCGAGCAAUGCACGGGACCAAAUUGCUGUCGAAUCGAGAAAUCAGCGAGCUCUACGGCCGGGAACUCGUGGAUUUGCGAGAUGAGGGGCGUUGGGAGUUUCUGAAUACCCUAUUCUCCAUAUCUGAAUCAGUAAUGUUUAUGCAGAUGGUGGAGAGGCUUGACGAGGGCUCUUUGCCUCCUGAGAUUGGCCCGAUGGAUUACAAAGGCUUGUAUGGGGUUGUAUCGAAGUCACUUUUCAAGGCUCACGUCGAAGGUCAAUUGAAGGCAGAAAUUAUUAACAAUCCAGAGUUAUUUGUUGAGCCGGAUCCUGAGCUCCCCUUGGCUUUGCUAGAUCAGAGGGAGGCUGGUAAGAAGCUAUUGCUUAUCACGAAUUCUGAUUAUCUCUACACGAACAAGAUGAUGCAAUACGCUUUUGAUAAAUAUCUCCCAAAUGGUAUGAAUUGGCGGUCUCUUUUUGAUAUGGUUAUUGUUUCUGCCAGAAAACCUGAAUUCUUUCAAAAGUCCAAUCCUUUGUAUGAAAUAGUCACAGACGAUGGUUUGAUGCGCCCUUGCUUCAAGGCCACUCCAGGUAAGGCCACUCCAGGUGGGCUUUAUUGUGGUGGUAGCGCCUUAAUGGUGGAGAAAGCACUUGGCUUUCAUGGUGAUGAGACAAUGUAUGUUGGCGAUCACAUCUACACAGAUGUGAGCAUGUCAAAGGUGCACUUAAGAUGGAGAACAGCCCUUAUCUGUCGCGAGCUUGAGAAAGAGGUGAAGGCUCUAGCAUACGGGAGAGACCAUAGAGCUAAGUUGAUAGAGUUGAUGAAUCAGAAAGAGGCUGUUGGGGAUGUUUUUAAUCAGCUUCGGCUCGCACUACAACGUCGUACUGCGGGAAGGCCAGCACAGACUGAUGAGAUAACAAAUAUGGAUGAGCGAGAACUUACGGAGAACAUGCAGAAGUUGUUUGUUCUUAUGAGUAGGGUGGAUCAGAAAAUCGCUCCUAUGUUGGAUGCUGACGGAGAGUACUUUAAUCAACGGUGGGGUUACUUGUCUCGAGCAGGCCUGUGGGAUAAAAGCCAUCUUACUCGGCAAAUUGAGAAGUAUGCAGACAUUUAUACUUCACGCGUUUCCAAUUUCCUGCGGUACUCUCCAUUUAUGUACUUUCGGUCACAAUCUCAGUCGUUAGCACAUGACAUCGACAUUGAAUCAUCUGAUGCUGAGGGAGAUGAACUACCUGCAAUGAGCCACGGAAGCAAUUCUCGGGAGCUUGAGAGACUGGUGGAGUCAUCCGAGUCGAUCACACCCCGUAGAAGAUGAUACUUUGAUCUGCAGUAUUUCGUUUAGAUGAAUUGGUGCCACUGUGUAUCUCUUCAGCAACUCUGAUCUGUCCAGUAAUUCUCGCUGACACAAAUGUUCUCAAACCACCUAAAACCCUCAUUGUAAAAUAUCAUGGAGAUACAACCUCGUUUCAUGAUAAUGACCGUGUAAGUAUUACCAUGGAAGACUUGAUCAUCCUAAUCUGAUCUACUCCCAUUUUGUAGGUUAUCUAGUCUCUCAUGAUCCAGAGACUCUGAAGUGAGGUGAGUACCCUUUAGAUACUAUCCUCAGUAAGCUUGAUCUCCAACUUCCUAUUUUCAGCUAGUACAGAAAUUUCAUCAAUUUCUCUUUCAGUUGCAACACAUUAUACAGUCCUUUGAAGUUGAAAGGACUCAAAUAUCGAUAGAGCGUAUUCCUCUAGCUCAUUUUUAUUUUUAUUUUUAUUUUUUUAUAAUACUUAGCAAUGCCUUGUUGUAUUUUUGCUACCUUUACCCCAACCUGAAAUUUAAAGUUAUUGCUCAAAAAA